UCCUGCUGUGCUGGGCCGGUCGAUAUCCGGCCCUGCCAAUCUCAGAGCAGGGCGGCAUCUGUUUGACCGUCUAGACCAAUCCUAGAGCGGAGGGCGGGGCUGGAGGCGGGACUUCGGGCGCCACCUCUGGCUCGGCUUUCCGGCCUCUAAGACCCAGGUGUCCUGCCGCCACCGCACACCCCACCUGCGACCCCGCAGCCUCGCGCAGCUCUCGGCACAAUGGACCCGGCGUUGGCCGCGCAGAUAAGCGAGGCGGUGGCGGAGAAGAUGCUCCAGUACCGGCGAGACAAGUCAGGCUGGAAGAUUUGCCGGGAAGGCGAGGGAGUUUCCAUUUCCUGCAGGCCAUCUGUGGAGUUUCCAGGGAACCUGUACAGAGGAGAAGGCAUUGUGAAUGGGACACCAGCGCAGGUGUGGGACUGCGUGAAGCCACUUGCUGGGACGCUGCGGGAUAAGUGGGAUGAGAAUGUGAACAGUUUUGAAAUUAUCGAAAGCAUCACUGAUACACUGUGCGUCAGCAGAACCGCCACCCCCUCGGCCGUCAUGAAGCUCAUCUCUCCCAGAGACUUUGUGGACCUGGUGCUGGUCAAGACGUAUGAGGAUGGGACCAUCAGUUCCAAUGCUACCAAUGUGGAACAUCCGUUAUGUCCCCCAAGGCCAGGUUAUGUGAGAGGAUUUAACCAUCCUUGUGGUUGCUUCUGUGAGCCUCUGCCAGGGGAGCCUGACAAGACCAGCCUGGUCACGUUCUUCCAGACCGACCUCAGCGGUUACCUCCCACAGGGCGUGGUGGACUCCUUCUUCCCCCGCAGCAUGGCUGGGUUUUACGCCAACCUCCAGAAAGCAGUGAAGAAAUUCUACGGCUGACGUCCUGGCUGGUUGGCCAAGAACUGCCAUGACUCGGGCGGAGCUGCCGUUGUUGGGACACAGCCAGAGAGCCUGGGAGAACACGGGCUCCUUUGGAACCCGCCGAUGGCCAUUUCAUCUCUGGGGACGUCAACCAGGGACAGCUCCGACCCCAUCUGCUCCUUCCACUCGGACGGGGCUGCCAUUAUCCAAGCACCCUUCCUCCAGCAGGGUGCCCCCAAGUGCCUCCCGGCCACCGGACAGGGACUCUGCCCGGGCACCAUGUGAUGCACUCAGGUCCAAAGGCUUUGUGUGCUGGUCAGUCUCAGAGGCCACGUUUUCCUGUUUGUUGAGAAGAAUCACCAUGGAUCUCGAAAACCUGGCCCAGCCCCCGGGUAGCAUCCAAGCUCUCAGUCCUGUGCCCCAGGUUCCCGGAUGUGUGUUUCUGAUGCUGUGCCAGACGUUCCCCCUUCAGAGACCUCAACUGGGAAAAUGAUGUUUAAGAACACGAGAUAAGCAUUCAGGAAAAAACACUUUCAAUACUUCUUUUGUUGUCUCUUCGAUUCAAAUCGUUUUUCUCUCUUUUUCCCCUGCAUGAGUUAAAUUUCAUGCACCCCAGUGAAGCCAGGCAGUUUGAAUCUGCCCCAGACAGCACUCUGGAGUUGGUUCUGGGCUGAGUGAGCUUGCCGUUGGAACUGUGAGGAGAGCCUUCUCUCCCUUGGGCAUUUGCCUUUUCUUGUCCUCUGUUAGAGAAGGUGGAGCAGGAGUCCUCUGGUCUCCAGGCCCUGGUGGGGCCAUCCUGCUGUCAGCAGGAAGGAUGGAAGAGCGGGUGCGCCCACCCCCAGCAGUGCUGGCUGGAAUCCCCCCUCUAGGGUCUGCUGCAAGAUGACACACCCCCAAACGGGCUAUGCCCAGCUCGCUACAUCAUCAGAACCAGGGAGCACAGCCUUGCCACCUGGAAGGGGCUUUAGCAGCCACACUACUCCCUUUCCUUCGCUCUGGUCAGGGCCACAUGAUCCUGUGUGGAAUUCUCACAGUCUCCUCCACGGUCCCACCACUUUGCUGGUGAGGAAGGCCCGUCUUGGGUUUGACCAGAGUGUUCUCGUAUUGUGGCUUCUCAGGUUACUAGCACCCUGUGCAGAAAAUUUCCAGAGUCCUCAGCCUUCGCGCCUCCAGAUGGAAAACAUUCCCCUUGUGUCAUAGUAACUUGCUUCCCUUUGAGUCCUGGGGUGCCUGUUUCCUGAAUGUGCUGAGGUCUGAGCAAGCUUUAAAACAUGAAAGCUGAGUGUCAAGGGGUUAGGAAGCCUCCUGUCUGGGCUCUAAUGCAGCUGCAGAUCCCACAAUCAUGCCAUGAAGAUCAUCCAGCGAAUUCCCUCUUCUCAAGAAAUCUUCAUGGAACUCUUAAAGGUACUUAGAUCUCAUUCAUUCAUUCCCCAAGUCUUACUUACCAGGUCCCUACCUUGUGCCGGGCACUGACCUGUAUCAACUCAUCAGGUCCAUCAGGCAACGCCUUGAUGAUGUUCCAGACUGUAUUUUCCAAAAAUAGCCCUAGGAAUCUCUCCCCUCCCCUUAAACCUGGGCAGGCUUGUGGCAGCUCUGACUGACAGGCAUAGAAGUGAUGCUAUUUCAUGUAUGAGGCAAGGUCGUUAAAAGGAUACAGCUCCUACCUGGCUCUUGCAUUCUCGGGGGACAUUCUGCCACCAUGUUGUGAGGACGCCCAGGCCACAGGGAGUGGCUGCCUGCAAUGUCCAGGCCUACAGCUCCAGCUGAAUCCCCAGCCAGCAGCCAAUGUCAGCAGCCCGACGUGUGAGUGAGUGACCCUUCCGGUGGUUCCAGCAUCCGGCCUUUGAGUUGCACCAGCUGAUGUCAAGUGGAGCAGGAUGAGCUGUCACCCUCAAGCCUACCACCCUCCAAGCUGUCGCCCUCCGAGCCUGCCACCCUCCAAGCUGUCACCCUUGAAGCUGUCACCCUCCAAGCUAUCACCCUUCAAGCUGUCGCCCUCCAAGCCUGUCACCCUCCAAGCCUGCCACUAUUGCAGUCAUGAGGAAAAACAAAGGUUGCGGUUUGGAGUGGAU